AUGACGGUGUACCACGAUGAAAUAGAGAUAGAAGAUAUGGAAUUCGACGAAGAGCUAGAAAUCUACACUUACCCUUGUCCCUGUGGAGAUAAAUUUGAAAUCAGCUUGGAAGACUUGAAAAUUGGCGAAGAAGUUGCGACCUGCCCAAGUUGCUCCUUGCUGAUACGAGUGAUUUACGACGAAGAUCAGUUUGCUGAUUAUGAGAGUGAUUCCGAAAUGCCUGCUGUAGAAAACCUUGCUAUUACCGCCUGA